AUGGGGAAGAUUCUAGAACCUGUUGAUUUUGCCAAAGAUCUAGGACUUCUAAUGGACAGUCACCUAAGUUACGAUAAGCACAUAUCGAAUCUAGUGUCGUCCUGCCUUUAUAAACUGUGCCAGAUAAACAGAGUUAAAAAUAAUUUUGACAAGGGAACACUUACAAUGAUAAUCACUUCAUUAGUGAUCAGUAAACUGCUUUACUGUUCCACUGUAUGGUCAAAUACAACAUGCACUAAUAUAAAGAAACUUCAAUCUAUUCAAAACUUUGCAUGUAAAAUAAUCACAGGAUCCAAGAAAUACGAUCAUGUAAGCCCAUUACUCCAAAAUCUUGAGUGGCUCACAGUUGACAAAUUACUCUAUUUCCGUGAUGCCGUAAUGACUUUUAAAUGCGUGAACAACUUAGCGCCGAAAUAUCUUUGUGACAUGUUUGAGAAACGAUCUUGUAUUCAUAAUCGGUCUACGCGGAACUGCAACUCGAUACAGAUACCAUUGUUUAAAACAGCGUCAGGGCAACGGUCAUUUGCUUUUAGAGGAGCUUCAAUUUGGAAUAACUUAGACACUGAGCUAAAGAAAUGUACAUCACUUAAGACAUUUAAAAGUCAACUUAAAGAACACUUAUUGUCUACUUAGACUAUAGACUACUUCCUAUUUUAGACUAUUAAAAACUUAGAUAUCAGUCAUUUUUAUUCCUAACUUUGUAGAAACUGUAAAUAUUUUAAAAUUGUAGUUUUAUAAAAUAAUUUUGUAAAUGGGUUCUGAAAAACCCUUUUGGGAGAAACCAUUAAUUUUAACAAUAAUAAUAAUAAUAAUAAUAAUAAUAAUAAUUUAUUUUUAAGCUUGAACCGGAGAAAAACCAGUUAGAAAAUCUUCUGACAAACAAUCUCAUGAAACAUCGUGACAAACUUCUACAGGUGAGUAUAGUUUUGAUUUCACAGUUUUUAAGGGCCUCUUCAUAUGUGGCCAAUUGGCCGGGAAGCUUGCCUAUUUUAUCUGUUUAGCCACACACACACCCUAAUUAUCCCCCUGUCCAGAAUCUCCACCCUCUAUUUCUCCCUCAUCCCCUGUUAAUUAAACCAUUCUUAAUAUAAAGUUGUAGUAAAAUAUGGUGUGAAAUUAAAUGUAUAAACUUUUUUCAAAACGUUUGCCUAAAGAUGAUUCUGUGAAUUGUUAUUUUUUAAAAGAACAUGAAAAUUUAUGUAGACCCCAGCCUCUAUUUAGCCCCCCCCCCCCCGCCCCUUGGAAUAAGCUCCCAGCCCAGAGCCACUGGAACAAAUAAGCCUCCAGUUAAAUAGAGGAUCUACGGUAAGUGGGAUGAAAUAUGUUCAUGUGACUCUUAAAACUUCUCUUUUGGUUGUAAUAUCAUUGGGUUACUUCUAGUUGUAAAAUACGAUGGCAGAUCUUUAUUCGGAAAUAUUUCAGAAUUUUAAAACGAGGCGAUUUUUUAAAAGGUCUUGGUAACUAUUCUCAAUUUUUUUUCAAAUCAGGAAUUGGAUGAAAUGGCAUUUGAAGGAGACGAAGAGCAAUUAUCUUCAAAGAAAGAAGAAUUAGCUUCACUUGAUGGGAGACAUAAAACAAUCAUGGAAAGAUUAAAAAGUAAGAGUUCUUUUUUAUUUUACUCCGAGCAUAUCCACACCGGGAAAAUUAAAAAAAUUGUGGACCUCUGUGGGAAUCGAACCCGUCACCUUUGGCUUGCCUGUCCAACGCUCUAUACCAACACGACAAAUGAACAAAUCCUCCCUUUGACAUCUGCUGAUGGUGGUGUUGAACUCUGGUUGAGUGUCUCCACACCGGGCACGCUGAAAAAUUGCUUGACCGCAUGGAGAAACGAACCCGCGACCUUUGGCUUAAAAUUAUGUGUAAGAUACGACAUACAGGGUGUCUAAAAACAAAACGCAAUGGAAAUUCAACAGGCUGUCGUGCACCGUUGGGGAAUUACAUGGAAAACGAAACAUAGACAAUUCCAAUGAGCUCAACUCGUCAAUCUUCGUCUUAGUGAGUAAAUAGAACGACGUUAAACAUAGUUCAAUUAACCACUGAACAGAGAACAUUCGUUAUCCAAACGUUUUACGAAACAAAUAGCUUGCAGCAGACUCGCGUUGCUUUUGGAUUGAUUAACUUUGCAUAAUUAAUGUAUUUUCAAUUCCCAACGGUGGAAGAAUUGAUUUCGACCGGCAAUUUUAUUUGACGAGUAUGUGACCAUUUCUUAUCAUUCCGAUUUAAAACAUAAAUCAUAGAAAAGCUAAUAACAGCUCUUUCGUCCUAUGUAAAACUUGAAUUGUUUAGCUAAGUUUAUGAUGGAAGAAUAUGAUUUCGGCCGGCAAUUUUUAUUUAACGAGUAUGUGACCAUUUCUCAUCGUUACGAUUUAAAAAGAGUAUCGUUGAAAAGCUAAGUAGCUGUUCUUUCGUCCUAUGUAAAAAUUGAAUUGUUUAGCCACGUUUAUGAUGCACGACAGCCUGUCGAAUUUCCAUUGCCUUUUUUAGACAUCCAGUAUUCAUAUAUCGAAGUGUCGGCUAGAUUAAGUUCCGAAAUAUCACCUAUACUCGAACCAACUUGACCUUACAGCUCAGUUAGUAGGUUGUACAAUCGGGUUGCUUAGUUUUGUUAAGAGGAAGACACAGAAUAGACUACACAGAAGCCCGACUUCUUGGAUUUUCCAAUGAUUUUGGCAUAACCGUAAUUCGUCAUCAAAAUGCUGACGCCAUGGUCCUAGCCAGUGCGCGUUUGAGAGGCAUUCACCCCCCUGAUAAUAUUCAAAAUUGCGGACGUCCAGGGGGGACCUCUCAAACGCGCACUGGCUAGGACCACGGCGUCAGCAUUUUGGUGAUGAAUCAUGGCGUGGCAGCGGUUACUCGAGUCGAUCUUCUGUGUGUCUUUAUUCUGUGAUGAAGAUGAGCAGCUAGUUACUGUGUAACACAAUGAAGGAAACUGGUAGCAAUGCUAUUCUAUAACAAGCUAAUUCGAUGUUUUGUUCGCACCAUUUGUUCGCACCAUUUGCUCCCAACUGUUAUCACAGACUUUCGAAAACGUUGAAGCACACAAGGCUGUGUAAUGUUUCAAACAAGCACGGUGUCAUUUGCUUGCCAUUGCUUGUCACGUGAUAUGGCUCUUUAAACCAAGACGUAGCUAGUUAAGCAACGGGAUGUGAGUUUCAUGAAUUGAACUUACACACAGGGUAGUCGAAUACCUAGACCUGAUCCUCUUCUUCAAAAUCACACACGGUUUGAUAGAAAUGUCUGCUCUUCCUGACAUUCAUGUUACGCAAAGAACGACACGAUCAUGAUCAUCAUCAAUAAUAACGCUAAAUAUCUUGUCCGCAAAUGUAAAAGCAGUACCUGCCAGCAGUCGUUUUUUGUCAAAACAUGUCGAAUAUGGAACACUCUCGCAGAUGAACUAAAUUAUGACACGAACUGCUUCAAUUCCUUUAGAUCAGCCUUACUGGAAUACUAUCACAAAUCUUUAAAAGUUAAUUAUAAUCCUGAUAAUCCUCGAAAAUUUAAAACUAUAUGCCCGAAAUGUAACUCUGUACGAAGUCUUACAUAUCCGAUAUCCUGCUGCUUUUAGAAACUAAUAUUGUUUGUUCGUAGGUUUGUUAGUCUGUCCAGUUGAAUGUCUGUUGUUUGUUUGAUUGUAACUAAUUGGGCCCGCAGUAAUUGGCAAUAAGCUGUUGCGGUGACCCAGCCACACUGUUUUGUUAUUGUAAUUUUAUGCGGGCAAAGUUAAUAAAUAUUACAUUUCGCAUUUGUACACACCUCCUGUUAUAAAGUUGAUGGCCAAGCAUAAUUAAUGAUGGAAAAAGUAAUAGUAUGUAACAUGGACAUAUAAAGGGUGUAUAAAAAGGUAAUCAACUUUGGCAUGUUAUCAUUAAUUAAAUAUUACUUUUAACCAUUUACUUUUUUCACACCAGUAAAAGAUCAGACCUUUAGCUGUCGAAUGAUACCUUUCUUGUAUCAUUGCGAUAAAAAAUAACCAGAUACGACGCGAUUUAGAAAUGGUGCUCGAAAUGGCAUUUUCUCACCGUCGGGAAUUGUAUGUAACGAUAUCGUCUGCAUGAAUAUUGAAAUUAUUCUCAUUUGGGAUUAAUUUCAGUCGCUUGAAUCAAGAUGGCGCAACGCAUAUGUAAGUAAGCACUAAGCAUCAAGUUUUGGGUAAAUUUCUACUCGCUAUUGCAUUGAAAUUGAUGGAAGUUUGCAGACUGAAUUCGCAAUGUCAUGUGUACGUUUAAUUUCCAAAAUAGGCAACAAGCAUUGGGCAAAUGUUCGAAAAUUGGAAGAACAUUUAAAUCAUAAAAGUGGAAAAAUGCAAUUUUAACCGACCGCUUUAAAUCAGGUCAUUUUUUAUCGCAAUGAUUCCAUAACGGUGUCAUUUGACAACUAAAAGCCUGAUCUCUAUAAAUACGAAAACCUAUAAAUGAUUGAUAACCUAUAUAAGCGUAAUAAUUAACACACGAUAACCUGUCAAAGUUGGAUUACCUUUUUUAUACACCCUGUAUAAUGUAAUAAAGAAAAUCAUUUUCACUUGUGUAUCUUUGUAUUUCGUUUCAUCAGGUGUAAAUAGAAGAGUAAAUGAAGUCACUGGACAGAUAAAGAGUAGUGAAGAUUUACUGGAGGAUUGGAAGGUAUAGGAUUCAGCAGAGUCUUAGCCAAGAUCUUAAUUUGGGUGCUGAAAUUAUGAUUUACCUUGCCACCAUAUAUACAAGCCUUGAAAUAAAUGCUUUCAACUAACGGACGCUUUGUCUGGCAACUUUUUUCGGUGCGCUGGACUAAAUUUCCGGACAUUAUGUUCCAGCUAUUAGCGUCGAUCAUCAAGAUUUUUCGAAUAUUAUACGGAUCAAAUCGUUCCUCAGCGAUGCACUAUUCCUGGAACCCCAGAUCAGGUGCCUUUUGUGUUUGUCGUUUGACAGUAAAAUGUAUUAGUAUUUCAUCAUUUUUAAACUAUUUUUUUCUGCAACCAUUCAUGGGCUGAGCACUCAUGACAGCGCCACACUAUAUGCGUAGUAAUCAGUAAUGGGUUAUGUUAGAACGCCUAUGACGUGACGGGUGGCGUAAAUGGGCAACAUCUAAGUAUUAAGAGAAACUACCAAAUGUACUUUGGUUAUAAGUGCAUGAUAGAUUGACAUUCAGUGUUUAUUGUAGCUAAGUAAGAUAUUUGGAAAUCACAGAAAUAUUAAAUGUUAGGAAUUAUUUUUUUAUUUAUUGAUGAUAAAUUAUAUAAAUAUAAAAUAUAAACCUCCCGGCUCUUCGACAUUUUCAAAGUCUAGUGAUGAGAAUCAAGGAAUUUAUUUUAUGUGGCCUAAUAUAUGAUACUGUCAGCAGCUUACUAAUUAAAGAAGCAAAUAAUUUAAAACACCAAACCAAGAACAAUUGUUUUUGAGUGUAAGUGGGGCGGAUAAGUGAAAGUAUUGUGCAUUUUGUGAAGAAAAUGGAAGCAUCUGACAUUUUGUUAUAAAUUUCUAUUACUGUUCGAAAUCUUAAAAUUCUAAAGUACGUCACAAACUCUUUGACGCCCCUUCCGAGCAGCGCUGUUUCGCAUCACAUUACGGCACAAUUUUUCUAAUAUAAAUAUCUCGGCCAAUAUUUACCCCCCGUUUAAAUAAAAGCCACCAUUGUAAUCCUCACAAAAUAUCCUUUCGAACUGGGGGGUCAAGUGCCGUCAGCACAUAACACAAACCGAAACAAUGAUAUACUUACUCACCGCUUGGCCUAAGAUUCUAAAUUUCAUAUCUUUAAGAUCUUGAAUAUCUCUGGAACUUUUUGUAAUUUGCUGAACGGCUGUAGGUGUAAAAUACUCUUUGUAUUCAAGCGCUUUCGUGUACAAAAUUUCGUUUGAAUACGGCGAGUAGAAAUAUUUAUUUUAAAUUUUUCAAAAUGUCGGGUUUUACUCUCACCACGUCACAGUCGCGUACAUUGUGCAAUAAUUGGCCAAUAAGAAAACUCCUGUGGCCGGGAUGACGUCAAACUCACGCGUGUGGGUGCAAUUUGACCUGUAGAAUCCAUUUCUGGCCUUUCCAAGGUCAUACGAUACAAACGUCCCAUUGUUUUGACGGUUUUCAGUCGUAUUUCCGGUUUGGAUUAACUCACUUCGAGCUCACAGUCGGACAAGAAAUGGAAAUAUAUUGAUAAAAGGUCCCGAUUUGAAGAUACAGGCAAGAAAAUAACACUCUAAAUAGUGUUUUUGAUGGGGAUUCGAACAAGACUAUUACAAAGACGAUAUGUUCGAAGGGGCCGAAGUUAUUUUCGGCGAAAGGUAUGGCUUGUUUAUAUUUUUGUUCAGACAAUUGCGUAAUUUGAUAUAAUAUGAUCAUGUUUGACUUCAAAGGCCCAUAAAUCGCUACAAUGUUGAUAAUGACUAAAACUAUAGUGAGGAAUUAGUUGAAUCUUUUAUUUCUGAGUCGAAUGGUGGUAUUUCUAUCUUCAUAGCAUGCACUGAACCGAAGAUAUGAAAACACAAAGCCGUCAACCGCUAGCGGAUGAAUGAUUUGGGGUGGGCCGCCAAAGAGUUUUAAAGCAGUUUUUAGUGUAAAGUUUCACUUUACACUAUUGUGAUGGUGGCGAAAAUUCACACUUAUCAGUCAGUCAGUCAUUCAGUCAUAGAGUAAACUUUCCGGGGGGGUUUAUACGAUUUAUGUUCCCAGUGAUUUAUUAUAAGUAAUAGCAUGGCAUUCAGGUCGAUUAGUGAUUAAAUGUACCCGAAAGCCGAGAGAGGUUUAGUAAAUUUUUGGGGACGCGCGUCCCAAAAACAAUCUUUUAACAUUAAUCAGUAAUUUCACAAUUUUCGAAAGCUUAUUAUUCGAAGGGUAUUCAUGUAAACGUCUUCAAAUUUUGUAUACUUACUAAUUUUGAGGUGGUCGUGGUUUUACUGAUUUGGUUCAUUUCUUAAUUUGGGCACUUUUUAACACUCGUCCCCAGUCCUCUCAUCAACUUCGGAAUGGCUAAUUUGAAACUUCACACUAUCCUUGGAUCCCUAGUUUUCAUUUUCCAAAUAUUUCCUGAGCUGAAACUUGUUAAAAAAGGCGAAACUGAUUAACUUAAAAAACGACUGGGCAAAUAAAAAAACUGCUUUAAGGUGGCUCCCUAGGGUUUUAUUUCCGAGGGUUACGUUCUUCGUAUAUAUGUAAACUAAAACUUGUGUGACUUCAAAAUACGAACGAACGUUGUGUUUUAACUCUUUUCGAAACAAAAGUGUGAAUUUUGCUUUAGUUUAAAGCAUAAAAAGAGUUCUAAAAGCCACAACGAUACUUGGAUGUGAUGUUUCAAAAGAAGAUAAUGUAAACUUGUUUUUUUUCAAGCGGUAUUCUGGAAGUUUUUUGACUGACCGCCGUGGCGCUGUACGCGAGGUUCGAUUGCGAACAUCAGUUGGGAUAUGAUAUAAAGUUUCCUCAAGAAUUUUCAGUGUUUUCUCCACAAUCUAGCAGCACUUAUGACAUAAAGAUGACUUAAAUAAUGAGCCCUCUACGGGUGAAAUGAGCAGGGCCGAAACUCCAAACAUACCACUAUAAAAACUGAAAUUUGAACGGGCAUUUUGCGAAAACAUCCGACGAUAGUACUAACUCGCACGGGACGAAUUUUGACAAACAUUUUUUCAAAUUAAUACCAAGAAGUCAUAACCAGUAAUUACCUAAAUAUCUUUGCCAAUUUUACAUGUAUAAUCCACGCUUAGUUGACUAUUAACCGACACAGUUAUAAACCGUAUAUCAAACAUAAUUUAUAUUUUGUGAUUUCAAAAAAGUCAUGCAUGCCUUGUUUUAUACAAAAUGCUUGUACACGUCAGUUGUGGUAUUUUAUUGUUCGCGUCAAAAUUUAGUAAAAAUUGCCAAAAUUAAACUCAAAUUUCUCCGUUUUCCUUCGGUGAAUUUUUUUAAAACUUUGCACAUUUUUUAAUAUCGGCACAACAAUUGCAAUAUCCUUUUUUCUUAAAAUUAAAUCGAAGGGAAAAUUUUUAAUAUUGAUUUUUGACGUUUUUUAAAUUUUCUAAGAAACGUAUCGAUUUAAUUUUUUUUUAAAUUGAGGGGAAAAAUCAUACAAGUAUUACCUUUUAUGCAAAGUUUUAAAAAAUUUCACCGAAGGGAAUUUUUAAAAUGACCUGAAAAAGACAAAUUUUGAGCAUUAUUCUAAACAUGCUGUUGCGGUGACAACAGAUUUUUAAUACAAAAGUUGCAAUUUGUAAUAGAACAUUGUCAAUGUGUCCAAUAAAUUUCGUCUUCAUGUCAUGUAAAGUGAAGAAACAGGAGUCUCCUGAAUACUAUAGUGUAGUAAAUUAAAAAACCCUAGGGAGCCACCUUAAUGUUCUAUGUAUAGACAGUUUUUUGUGUACGUUUCAACCAUACAACUUAUUUUCUGUGAGCUACCUUGGAAUUUUAAUUUUUUUAUCAGUAAUAAAAAUUUAUAUUGAAAUGUCAGAAAUUCAAAAUUUUUAGGUAUCAGCGUUAAUUUCACAGAUGCCUCCAUAUCUGAUAUUCAUACUUGUGUUAAAGUCUACACAAACUGUGAAUAUGGUGCUUUCUUUACUAACUGAACAAUUAUUGUAAAAUUGUGCGCAUAUCCGUCCCAUAAGAACCAGUUUUUACGGUUUAAUUAUUUCUGAUGUAGGCCUAAAUAUCUCGGCAAGUAUUUACUCCUUUUAAAACGAAAAAUACAGUUGAAAUCCUCACAAAAUAACCAACUCGGCCUUUCGUGCUAAGUACCUAUUGUAUAAGAAUCGUGCACUUCAACCUGACAUAAAAAAUAGUGGUUCUUUUAUGCUGGUUGUAUACAAAUUUGCAUAACUCCUAGAGUAUACGUCUAUAUCCCACAGACCAUCAUGGUAUUUAAAAUAAUUCACAUCCGUACAGGAGGUACUAUAGCAAUUGUCACAUGAACAGUAAUUAAUCUGGUUACAUUUUCCUUAUAAUUAUCAAUUUAAUUUUUUGUAGAAUACGGAAAAGGAUCGUCGUCUUAGGUUGGAAGAUGAUUCGAAGUCUGUGGAAAAGAUUGCAAACAAAAAGAGCGUCCUCGUGAAGAAGGUAUAAAUAGGCAUGCACUAUUAUUUUUUACAUAUACCAUUGUUUUGCCAUUUCAUGGAAAUUAUAAAAUCAAUAUUGCAAAACUAUGGUGUCCUAUCCCCGCCAAAAUUCGAACUUUUCAUGUGAAAUACACUUUUUAGUGCAAAGUUUCUUUAGAAAAUUUGUACUAUUGUUAUGAGGCUGAAAAUUUACAUCAGCUAGGGAUCGUAAACAAAUGUUAACAUUCCGGGGGUGCAAUUUGUAGACUGUAUUUCGAAACUAAAUCAUAUUUUUCUAUAUUUUGGCGUAUUUUGUUUCUUGAAGACGCAAAAAACAUUACAUCCUUAUUGAAUAAGCGAUUUACGCCAUAUCCCUUCAAAUGUUUAUCUUAUCGAAGUCUUAGCAUCGCCUUUUCUGUCUUCUUUUUUACACAUUCCUGACAUUCUUUUCAGUGUCCUCCCCCUGAAUUUGCUUGUAUGCCUCAUCAGGAGAACCGCGUGGCUAUUGCGCCAUAUGCGGCUUUUCUGCGAGAUUUGCAAUUGAUGUAAACAUGGAAAUGCAUAUUGGGUAAAAUCGUCUUGCUGGAGAAUGCGACUGAUAUAUUCCUGUCUGUGUUCAAAAUUACCAAGAAUUUUUGGCAAAUCAGUAGCACAAUUCAACAUCCUAUACGAUUUUAUACGGCAUACCGCAUAAAGCAUUUUCUCAGUGUUCCUUUAAAGUCGAAAUCAGUUCAUUUUCAGUAUAAUGGACUUUUCAACAUUUUUACCUUUAUAAAUAAGUGGAGCGGCGUCUGAAACGGGCCUAAUGUUCUUUCUAAAUCGUUUAUUAUCAUAUAUUGUAACGAAGUUUUGUACUUUGUUACAAAACGUAUUAGCAGCUGGUCAGUAUAAUCUGCAGACCAAGAAUAAUAAAAGUACAGACUACUGUAUAGGUGUAAAUUGCAGUCUAAAAUUACAGACUCUCACUCGGUAUAAAAUGCAGACUACGGAAUAAAACAAAUUCAGUAAAAAAAACUAUAUCAAAGGUCUUGUUAUUUAUUCCUGCCUAUACCAAAACGUCUCCUUAGCGGCAUAGACGGAUUUUGUGUGGGGGGGGUGCAGGGGGGUGCUACCCCCCAAUAUUAGCUAUAACCCCCCAAACAAAAUGUCCACCCCUCCAAAAAAAUUUCCAACCCCCCCCCAAUAUUCGGCAUAAUAAAAAAAAGAAAAUAGUCCACUCCAACGUGCAGAGUGUUGAUGGUACAAGAUAAACGUAGGAGCACUCAAAUAGAAAAAGACAGUGCAAUACUCUGAAACUAAUCGCUCCUCGCUUGCAUUCACUGAUUUAUUGGAGCAAUUGUAAAGUUUUGAAACUCUAUUAUCUCCCCUGAAUAGAGUUUUCAGUGUCUUGUCAUGCAAAUAGCUUGCUUGCAAGGAACGUUUGGAAUUUUUACGAACAUUACUUUUAGUUUUUAAUUCUUUUAGGAAAUAGACUUGCCUAGAUUUAAUAUUUACGCCCCAAAUAUUAUUUACAUCGGAGUUGCAUCAUAAAUUGUACUCGGAUUCAAACGAUACGAUGUCAAUGACUUUAUAAAAGUAAAAGCAUAUUGUGUACUGGCCUAUUGGGUUUACACUUUUACAGGUUCAUUUAACUUUAACUCCCUCAAGUCUGAACAGACAAUCGGACAUGCCAAAUCCAUUGAUAUGACAACUUCAAAAAACUUUUUUUCAAAGCGAGAAAUCAUGAUUUUUUUCCAGGGAUACUUUGUUUUCUGCUCUCUAGACUCCCCCUCGCGGCUCUAGUGCUCCACCCCUAGAAUAUAGACCUUACUAGGGUUUGGUGACACUUUUGUGUUGCUUCAGUCACCUGCUCACGGCUCACCCCCCUAAAAUUUCUGGCACCACUCCCAGUAAAAAAGAUGAAAAUCCGUCUAUGCUUAGCGGAACAGAAUUUCCGUGCGUGAUACUGUAUGAAAUACAAUGUAGUAAACAAUGUUAAUGUAGUUCUAUAAAUAGCGCUGCAGAGCUUGCACAUUUGGGAGUAGAAAAUAGGCGGACGUGGACGGUGGACUGCGGAAGACGGAGCAUUUUGUAAACACAUGAUUGCUACCGCAAUUAGCCUCACAAUAUGUUUUCACCCGUUCGAAUCCUUAGCAAUAAUUUUUUAAUCAAUUCAAUACGUAUGUAUGAUAGGCUAUACGCCGUCUUUCUCGGCCAACUUUUGGAAAUAUUGUAUAAAUGUUUACGGGGAUUAUUUUCAUUAUAAAACAACAAGUCCACACUAUUUAAAGUAUGAAAAUGUCUACCCUAAAUUAAAGUAUACCAGCCGUACAUAUGUAAAAUGAAUUAUGUUUUCACCCGUUCGAAUAAUUCUUAGCAAUGAAUUUUUUUAAUCAGCAUCAAUAUGUAUGUAUGAUGGCUAUACGCCGUCUUUCUCAGGAAACUUCUAUAAAAAAGCGCCUUAGUUUUGGAGCUUUUGUUAGGGUUAUUACUGUAAAUGACAUUCACUUGUAUUAUAAUUAGUUGCGGUAGUAAUCAUGUGUUUAUAAAGUGCCCCGUCGUCUGCCGUCCAUGGAACUUAAUAAAAUAAGCGUUUUUAUUGUUUAUUUAUACGAUUCUGUUAUUUGUCGCCAGCAUAUCUGUUUAAUUGUCAAUAAAAGUCGUAAACAUGUCAAUUCUCGGUGUUCCUUCCAGAAAAAAACUAGAAUUUGGAAGAAAAUUUUGAAGUAUGAGAUUAGCCAAAUUGUGUACUUUCAUAUUAUUUUCAAAACUACAAUUUAAUCGUACGUUUCGUUGACAAUCGAUUAGCAAAAUUGGAUAUCUGUUUUCAAAGUUGUUAGUAUUUAUAUUCUAUUCGUCUCACGGCCCAAGUAAUGAAAAAUGCUAUUAAAAAUGCCAUUCAAUAUAUGUCACCGGGAUAUUUUCAAUUAAAAGUAUACUACAGCAUUUAUGAGUUACAUGGCUCUUAUAUGGAAUUUGCAAUAUUUUGCAAUUUUUUUUAAUUAAGUAACGUAAGUUAUGCAAGUUCCGCAGUUCCGUUGUUUCGCUAAUUAGUCAUAUUCUUGCAUGGCCAUGGGUCCAUUUCGUGUAUUACGUGUGAAUCAUAAUAAAUAUUUUAUCAUGUAUGUGAUACACUCGAUUUUGCUGUUAUAGCCAUUUCUUUGCUGUUAUAGCCAUUGCUUUCUGAUCAUUUGUCAUAUGAACUUUGUACUAUCCUUGGGAUCUCUGAGUUUAAAUUUGACAUCUAAGUUAUCGUUUUAUGCAUAACAUUUUUCUAUUUUACACACAAUUUUUUGUAAUUUGUAUAUAGUCUAGGACCUGUAUAGGACUUUGUAUGCGUUUCAUUUACCACAGGUAAUCUCAACUGUUUUAGGGUAAAAUGACCAUGGCGGUCAACAUGGCAUAUGUGCCCAAACCUGAAUCCGGGACGAAAGUCCUGAAAAUGACCCCGCCCUGAAACGGCAGUGCCGACAUAGCUCUAACUUCCGAAAAGCAAAAGCGACAGCCUUUCUGAAGUGCUUAUAGUGUGUAGAAGGGUUGCUUUUAGGGGUGGUUAUUGGAAGGAAAAAUGUGUGUAAAUAUAAUAUUUUACAAGAAAAUGACCAUUCAUCAGCCCAGGUAAAUUGCUAAUUAUUCACAAAAUAACUAAUAUACAUGGCAGAAAUUAAAUAUCCUUGCAUUCUAAAAAUAAUUAUCAUGGGAUGAAAAGCUAUGCUUAAUUUAAUAUAAUUAUUGUAGUUUUCAUAAGGAUAGUCAUUGUUUUCUAUAAAUAUAAUAUAUUUUAUUUCACUUACCCCCCACGAAAACACGAUUUCAGCCAUAUGUUGCCGUCUUGUUUGUUUUAUAUCGCCGUGUUUCGCAAAUAACAUCCAGUUGUUGUACUUUUACAUAAUGGCAAAUGGUUAAAGAAGAUUUCAACCAAGUUUCGGCUAGUUUCGUCUAAUAUGCCGCCAUUUUAAUGGCUCACGGAUUCUCUGCCCGAUAAAUGCCACUUCUUCGUCUUCAUAUGUAUUUAGAUUACAGUAUCCAAGAGUACUUCAUUGUAGAAUAGUCCUAAUCGAAAAAUUGAAAACAUUAGUUCCACUUGGAAGGAAAAAACCUCCCAUAACAAAUUCAGGAUAGGAAUAAAAACAAAUCAUUUGAAAGUCACGCGCAAUCUUCGCGAAAAUUCCUCGUGGCUACUUAACAGGGGGGGGGGCGAAUAUUUUCACGAAACGUUUGUUCGCCACCACAGCAACUCAAGUUUCAACUAAAUAUAUUUUAUUUAUUGUAUUUUAUGAUUUAAAGAUAAAAACAAUAAAUAUUUACGUAUUUUUGUUAUCAAUCAUAAAAAUACAAUAAAUAUAAUAUAUCCAGUUAGGUCGCUGUUGGCGAACAACUUUUCGUGAAAAUAUUCGCCCCCCCCCCCCUGUCAAGUAGCCACGAGGAAUUUUCGCGAAGAUUGCGCGUGACUUUCAAAUGAUUUGUUUUUAUUCCUAUCUUGAAUUUGUUAUGGGAGGUUUUUUGCUUCCAAGUGCAAGUAAUGUUUUCAAUUUUUCGAUUAGGACUAUUCUACAAUGAAGUACUCUUGGAUACUGUAAUUUAAAUACAUAUGAAGACGAAGAAGUUGCAUUUAUCGUGCAGAGAAUCGGCGAGCCAUUAAAAUGGCGGCAUAUUAGACGAAAUAUGGAAGGCGAUAAUAUCGAAGAUAAAAUACACUGCACUGCUUCAAAACUAGCCGAAACUUGGUUGAAAUCUUUUUUAACCAUUUGCCAUUAUGUAAAAGUGCAACAACUGGAUGUUAUCUGCGAGACACGGCUAUAUAAAGCAAACAAGACGGCAAAAUAUGGCUGAAAUCGUGUUUUCGUGGGGGGUAAGUGAAAUAAAAUAUAUUAUAUUUAUAGACAACAAUGACUAUCCUUAUGAAAACUACAAUAAUUAUAUUAAAUUAAGCAUAGUUUUUCAUCCCAUGAUAACUUUUUCUUAGGAAAUAAGGAUAUUUAAUUUCUGCCAUGUAUAUUAGUUAUUUUGUGAAUAAUUAGCAAUUUACCUGGGCUGAUGAAUGGUCAUUUUCUUGUAAAAUAUUAUAUUUACACAAAUGUUUCCUUCCAAUAACCACCCCUAAAAGCAACCCUUCUACACACUAUAAGCACUUCAGAAAGGCUGUCGCUUUUGCUUUUCGGAAGUUAGAGCUAUGUCGGCACUGCCGUUUCAGGGCGGGGUCAUUUUCAGGACUUUCGUCCCGGAUUCAGGUUUUGGCACAUAUGCCAUGUUGACCGCCAUGCUCAUUUUACCCUAAAACAGUUGAGAUUACCUGUGGUAAAUGAAACGCAUAUAUAAUUUUCAUUCAACUUCUUUUUUAUAUACAAAGUUUUAUAUACUGCGGGCUCAUUGUGUCAACCAUUGACCAAAGUUCCACGGGCGCUUCCGUUUCGGCGCCAUUUUUUGUGUUUGAUAUUACGUUCUAUUACAGUCUUUUAAAAAAAUUGACGAGGAGGCUAUACAGGAUGUCUAAAAAAAACAAAAAAAAACGCUAUGGAAAUUCAACAGGCUGUCGUGCAUCAUAUGCGUGGCUAAACAAUUAAAUUUUUACAUAGGACGAAAGAACAGUUAUUUAGCUUUUCAAUGAUACUCUUUUUAAAUCGUGACGAUGAGAAAUGGCCACAUCUCGUCAAAUAAUAGUUGCCGGUCGAAAUCACAUUCUUCCACCGUUGGGAAUUGCAUGGAAAACGAAACAUAAACAAUUCCCAAGAGGAAAUUAAAAUUGAAUGUUAAAUUAUAUAAAAUAAGCUCAACUCGUCAAUCUUCGUCUUAGUGAGACCAUAAGAACGUCCAUUAUUGCAUUAAACAUGGUUCAAUUAACCACUGAACAGAGAACAUUCGUAAUCAAAACGUUUUACGAAACAAGUACCUUGCAGCAGGCUCGCGUUGAUUUUGGAUUGAUUAACUUUGCAUAAUUAAUGUAUUUUCAAUUACCAUUGGUGGAAGAAUGUGAUUUCGACCGACAAUUUUUGUUUGACGAGUAUGUGGCCAUUUCUCAUCGUUGGCAAUCAAGUUAGAUUAUUUAUAGCGAUUUAUACUUUUUGUUUUAAAUUAAACGUGGAUGACUCUACAGUGUGUAUAAAAAAACGUGAACAGAUAAGAAUUUGCUCUCAAUUUCGCAAAACGGCUAUUAGGCCAAAUAAAAAAAAAUACUUGGUUAGCGUCACCGCCCGCCUCUCGAUUUCUGCCGCCUCUGAAUUUUUUUUUAUUUUUUUUUAUGUAAAUCUCUUCGUUUUACAGCUUAAAACAGAUUAAUAUUUGAAAUUUUUCUCAUGCUCAGACCUUCGCGCUAUAUACUGAUCGAUAGGAGCGCGCGUGGGAUUGGGUAUACAAGGUUCUUAUAGCAAAAUGGCGGCCUUCGCAACAUCAGUACAAAAAAUUUCACCGACAUGGUGGAAAAACCGCCCCCAUCCCCCCAAAAAAUACUAUUAAAAAAUUAAAAAACGAGUAAAAAUUAAAAAAAAAAAGCGCCCGCCCGCCUCUGAAAAUUUGUGAGAGUGUGACGCUAACCAAGUAUUUUUUUUUAUUUGGCCUUAGUGUCCAGUUUUUUAUCUAUAUAGCUUCUUUGGGUACUUAUAAUGUAGAAUAACGAAAAAAUUCUCGAACUCAAAUUUUGUGAACCAGGGGGGGGGGUGUCUUUUCCAACAAACUAAAAAUGGCUUGCGCACAAAAUUUAAAAGCUUUAAUCAUAUUUUGAGUUAAUAGAUGGAAACUUUGUUGGGAUUUUAAUUACUGUACAAAAUUGACCACUUGCGUAAUAGACUAAAUUUUGAUCGCAACAUAAAUUUCAUCACAGCUUGAAAGAGCAUCACAAAAUUAGUAAUAUUCCAAAGUUUCGUUUCGAAAUGUUGUAAAAUGCGUAAAAUAUAGCCUUGCGAAGUUUGCAGUUUUCAGUCAUUUUAGAUUACAAACGGGAAAUUGACAGCCUCAAAGGGUUUGGGGCUGUCAAUUUCCCGUUUGUAAUCUAAAAUGACUGAAAAUUGCAAACUUCGCAAGGCUAUAUUUUCCGCAUUUUACAACAUUUCGCAACGAAACUCUGGAUUAUUACUAAUUUUGUGAUGCUCUUUCAAGUUGUGAUGAAAUUUUUGUCUAGACUUGUUGAGAUCAAAAUUUAGUCUAUUACGCAAAUGGUCAAUUUCAGACAAUUUGCUUUAGUUUAAGCCGUUUAGCUAUUCAUUUUUUCCUAAAAAAUCAGCCUUUCGCAUAUUGCUGACAUAUGCAAAUUAGGCAAAGGAAUUAAUUAAGCAUGCAAAUAGCUGAUUUUUAGGAAAAAAGUAAGUUUGCGUGAAUAGUUAAAAGCCUAAACUAAAGCAAAUUGUCUGCAAUUUUGUGCAGUAAUUAAAAACCCAACAAAUUUUCCAUCUAUUAACUCAAAAUAUGAUUAAAACUUUUAAAUUUCGUGCGCGAGCCAUUUUUAGUUUGUUGGAAAAGACACAUACCCCUGGUUCACAAAAUUUGAGUUCGAGAACUUCAAUAUAAGUACCCAAAGAAGCUAUAUACAUCAAAAACUGGAUACUAUAGCUGUUUUGCGAAAUUGAGAGCAAUUUCAAAUCUGUUCUGGUUUUUUUUAUACACCCUGUAUAUUAGCAAUGGUGGGACAAGCAUGAAGCGUAAAUGGUGGGACAAGCAUGAAUUAGAUAAUGCAGAUGAUCUCAUUUCUAGCCCCUCAUUUCUGCAUUAUCCAAUUCAUUCAUUACCCUGCAAGCUUGUCCCACCAUUGCUACUAUAGAGUCAUCCACGUUUAAACCAACAAGUAAUCGCUGUAAAUAAUCUAACUUCAGUGCCAACACUUGAAAGUCCAUUGAACCAUCACCUAACUCAAUUAACCUGUUCACGACAUUUAGAACAAUAUGAAUUAUCUCCAAAAUGUACUCUACAGCCUCCACGUGAUAUGAAACACAAAAAAAUGGCGCCGAAACGGAAGCGCCCGUGGAACUUUGGUCAGUGGUUGAUACAAUGAGCCCGCACUAUGUUUCUUAUUGGAUUGCGGUUGGAAAUAAAAAGUUGCCAAUACAAAAGUUGUAUGUAAAAUAGAAAAAGUUGAAUGGAAAAAGUUGUAUACAAAAUACAAAACUUUUGAAGUUGAGUGAAAAAAAAGUUGUGUAUAAAAUGGAAAAAGGUGUAUACAAAUUACAAAAAAUUAGAAAAUAUUAUGCAUAAAACGAUCAUUUGGAUGUCAAAUUUAAAAAAAAUGUAUCACAAAUGAAAACUUCGAAUUUUGGCGGGGAUAAGACACCAUACAAAACGUAGUGUGAGAUGAAACAUUUUGUCAUAUUUAAUAGAAAGAGGAAUGUAUGAAGAAGAUUCGAGAAUUAGGAUCUCUUCCCGUGGACGCCUUUGAGAAAUACCAGUCGACCAAUGUCAAGGCGGUAAGUAUUGUUUAACCCAACAACAACUGCGGCAGUAGAUACAAUAACAACAGUAACAACAACAACCGACAACAAUGUUAUAAACAACAACAACGUACAACAACAACGUACAACAACGUACAACAACGUACAACAACAACGUACAACAACAACAAACAACAACAACAAACUACGAGAAACAGCAACAAACGGUGUACUGCGCAGCUCCUACACGCACGACCACAAUACAUUCACAAAUUAGGUCUGCUUUGUCACUUGGUCGCUUCCGCAGCAAUUCAUCAAGGCAUGAGAAAGUCGACCAGCAUUAGCCAGCGUGGCCGGCUCUUUUAUAAGAAGAGCCUCCCGAAAGCCCUAGUAAAAUUGAUCACGCCUACUUAGUUAAUAUUCCAUAUUAACACCACCCACUUGCAAAUUGCAAUAGUUUUGUAUAAAUGUGGCGUAAAAUGUCAAUUGUUGCCACAGUAUAUAGUAUAAACAUAUGUUGCUUUCAAUAAACUUUUUAAUAGAUGGAUAGCGAUUCAACUGCCUGGAAAACACAGGCAAAACGUUGGCAUUUCGAGUUUGUGUGGAAAUUAACAGUAGACGAAGACCGUUCAAAAUUAUAUUAUGCGUUGCACCUGUAUGGCUGUACUACAGUUAUAAAUAUUGCAGUAUUCAAUAUAAUAAAUGACUUAGGAAAAAAGUAAAUAGACCCCUUCCCGUGUUAUACACGUUGGCAGGCAAAUGUAUUUUAAAAGCUUCAGAGAGAGAGCUUCGUAUUAUUAUGGUGUAUAAAACACAACUUGCCAGCUAGCAAAAUUAUAAACAAGGCAAGGACAGCCAAGGUUUUAUACUGUAUAUACUAUAGUGACCAUACGGUAAAAUCAUACGACAUAUGCAGUAAUAGCAGUAUGGCUUGCCUUAUUCUGUUUAGAUACCGGUAUAUGUUACACAUUUUACACUUUGUCUUUUGAAUUUUAUAUUUUAGCCGACAGGUUUACACUUUAAUAGCGAUGCCCGUUUGUUUUUACUGUAUUUAUUUUUAAAUUUUUGAAUAAAUUAGCGUAACAUGUCAAUCAACCUGUCGUCAACGUAAAUUCAGCCAGUCAUAAUUCUCGGCAGCUGGCUGCCGAGAGUGAUCCUUUUUACUAGGACUUUCGGGCAGGUUCUUCUUCAAUUAUCUGCCCUAUAAAAGAGCCGGCUACGCUGGCUAGCCAGCAUGGCAGCAUGCUGCCAGGAUUUUUUUUUAAUCUCACAGGAAAUUUUUAAGGAAAAGCAAGAUAUCAAGAAUGAAGCUCGAGAAAUUUCAAAAAUCAGUAUUAAAGUAACAAACAUCACCAUUAGAGCAUAAAUACAAAAAUCGUAACAUAAAAAUUUGUAUCAUGUGGCAGUGCUACUACUGUGUGUUAUCAUGAUUCAUGAUUAUGAUACAUGUGGAAAACAAGGGCGUACUACUAUUAUUGAAUAGUGCAUGAAUACUGAUAUAAAUUCAGAUUUAUAAUCUGAAAACAAAAUUCAAAUAUUGUUUGAAUUCAUAGAAUUGUAGAAAUAUCAAAUAUAAUUUAACUGCCUUACUAGUUACAGGGCGUCUAUAAGAAUGGGCGGUGAAACGCCAGUGAAGCAGCUGAAACAUGUGUGAUGCACUUUAGGCCUGGGGCCUAGCGUGCACAACAAGGAGUUCUCGAAGAAAACAGAAAAAUUAAAAUUUUCAACAGGCUUCAUUAAAACGAUUGUAACUUGGCAGUUUUUGACUCGAUGUCCAAGAUACCUUUUUCUUGUGCUACACAGAUCGUUAGCUACCGCUGUAGUGCCGAAAAAUGUUUCUGUAACGUUAAUCACCGAAAUAUUUCAACUUCAAAACUAUAAACCUGCGUGUCAACUUAGUCGAUUCUUACGUAGACGGCAAAUAUUUGGAUUUUUUUCAGCGGGGAAACGGCCAAAUGGUAUUAAACUUUAGAGUUGUGAUGUACAUUAUGUUAACAUUUAUUAUGCAAGAUUUCAUCAUGUAGUUUUUGUUACCCUUUUUUGUAAUCGUUUAUACAGGGUGUCUCAAAAAAACGCUAUGGAAAUUCAGCAGGCUGCCGUGCAUCAUAAACUUAGUUAAACAAUUCAAUUUUUACAUAGGAUGAAAGAGCUGUUAUUUAGCUUCUCUAUGAUACCUUUUUUAAAUCGUAACGAUGAGAAAUGGCCACAUACUCGUCAAAUAAAAAUUAUCGGUCGAAAUCACAUUCUUCCACCGUUGGGAAUUGAAAAUACAUUAAUUAUGCAAAGUAGGUCAAUCCAAAAGCAACGCGAGCCUGCUGCAAGCUAUUUCUUUCGUAAAACGUGUGUUGAUUACGAAUGUUCUCUGUUCAGGGGUUAAUUCAACCGUGCAUGUUUAAUGGCGUUCGUAUUGAGUUAUUAUCUCACUAGUUAACAUUCACCGAAGCACGUAAACGAACGUAUAUUCAGUUAUGUUAAUUUGCAAACGUAAGAAAUUGAAUUCUGAUUGGCUCCACAUGUAAUAUGUGUAAAUAAGACCAUAGAUAUGCAUAUUGUUUGUAAAAUGUGCGAAUUCUAAAGACUUUAUCAUGUUGUCAGUUAAUCACAAUUUCGAUUUGAAGCUAUGUCGACAUGUGUAGUCGUGUAGAUCACUAUAGAGUCUUGAGAUUGCCUAACGUACUAUCGCGGCAUCGUGCGAAAAUAUGUUUGCAUAUACAAAGUUUUCAUUCUCGUGCAGACAUAUGUCCAACUAUUUGCCCAGAAAAUGUCUGAAUCUUAAAACUUCUCCAGACACUAAAAGUCACAAGAGAAUACAUUAAUUAGUCUUUCAGCCUUCAAGGUCAAAUCCCCAAAACAGACUGGCCAUAAACAUUUUCUAGCGAUCCAUUUUCUUCUAUCGAUUUUAAAUUAAAAUCGUUUUACUCUUGCUCGCCGUGUUUAUAUGCAUGCUUCAAUGCUGAAAUAUCGUUGAUAUGUACAUGUUCUCGCUAUAAAUCUCGUAAUGUCAUGAUUGAUUCAUGAACGAAUUUAACUGUCUUCACAAAUAUGUUUGGCUUUGGGAAUCGAAAUAUUUACGAAACGCUGUAUUGAGCAGCGCAAUGACAAUGUCUAUAGUAUACAGGGUGUCCCAAAAAAAACGAAAACUAUUGAAAUCACUUAUUGUUAAAUUUGAAUGCCCUACCAAACAGCUGGACGUAAUGAUGCGUAAAAUAUUGACAAGGCGCAUGUAUUAGAAUUUAGUUAGGAAUAUAUCCUGGCAAAGUGCGCGAUUUUCUGCUCCUGGGAAUUAAAAACAGCUUCUUAAACAGUUUCUUUAUGCAUAAAAUUUACUUAUGUCAAUCAUUUAUGCACUCGUGGGAACCAACAGAGCGCUAAGGCAUUCAAAUUCUAACAAUUAAAUUGUUAUUGGUGAUUUCAAUAGUUUUUGGGUUUUUUGGGACACCCUGUAGACAUCUGUUGCAAUUUUGCCCUUUGGGAAUUGUGUUUACUUUCAUGCAAAUUCGAAUACAGUACAGCAUAUCGAUAUGGCACGAGACUGUCGAGUCAUCAAAUUCCAUUGAAAAUGAACUAAAUUUUCGUGUACAAACAGCGGCCAGGUCGACUUCCAAAGUUAUAUCAGUUAACAUUCUGCGGAUAUUCUGAGUUUUAGUUUACUAGGUAAAGAAUGGCAUGCAUCAAGCGUGCAAGUUUUUCAGGGAAUGAGCGAGACGUCUCGAGUUAUAACAUCUCAUGCAUGCAAAUUUCGCGUUUACGUUCCGUACGUAAGCAAUCGUAUGUAAAUCACCAACACACUGCCAACUUUCGUGCGAAUAAAUUAUGCCAAACGUUUAUCCAAUAAGAGCUUGCUAUUAUACGGUUGAGAACGGAUUGAGUGCUAUCAGCCAAUAGGGAACUGUAGUUUUGACGAUUGUUUCGUUCAGUAAUGAGGCUUUACGUUCGUUUACGUGCUUCGGUGCAUGUUAACUACUAUGACGAAGAUCGACGAGUUGAGCUCAUUUUAGAUAAUUUAACAUUCAAUUUUAAUUCCUCUUGGGAAUUGUCUAUGGUUCAUUUUCCAUAUAAUUCCCAACGGUGGAAGAAUGUGAUUUCGACCGGCAAUUUUUAUUUGACGAGUAUGUGGCCAUUUCUCAUCGUUACGAUUUAAAAAGAGUAUCAUUGAAAAGCUAAAUAACUGUUCUUUCGUCGUAUGUAAAAAUUUAAUUGUUUAGCCACGUUUAUGAUGCACGACAGCCUGUUGAAUUUCCGUAGCGUUUUUUUAGACACCCUGUAGAAUUUAACUUAUUCAAUAUUUUUUACAGCACAACGGCUGUCGCAACUACGAGGUCUAAAAAUACCUACGUAAAAACCUUGAAAUCAUAUUUUUUGUUCACUUUAUGUGCCUAUCUGAAAGACAAGAUAUAUGUUUCCCUUGAUAUGUAUAUAUUUAGACAUUAUGCGAGUAAUAAUACAAGAAAAUGUUAUCUUACUUGACAGAAACACUUGACCGCGUCGCUAUGUGACGGCUUCGAAAUUUUCAACAUGAAAUUUUUCCAUAAAAAAUUGAGAUGCUUGCUGUGGCCCAAGAAGCUAGAAAAAUUGCACAAUGACUGCCCUAACUAAUAGGAUCCAUUUGACCUGAGUACGGUAACACAACUUUUUGAUCUUUUUUCACAAUUUUCGCUCGAAGUCCACAAUGCCGAAAUGCAAAAUUCACUAAUUCAUACUUCGUGGCAAACUUGAAAUUGUGCUUUAAUAUAGUACGCGGGCAUGACGAGAAAACCGCUACAAAACUGCCAUUUAAAUUGAUGGCAAUUUCCAAUUAGCAGCCCACCAUCUUGAAACCGAAAAUGCAAUGAAACCGCUUUCGAACAACGUGGGGGGUCCGCGCAUCACACAUGUUUCAAAGCUUUCACUGGCGUUUCACCGCCCAUUCUUAUAGACGCCCUGCUAGUUACUAGUUACUACCUUAGUAGUAAUUUGCCUGAUGAAAUGCCCUUUCUUGAGAGUUGAGACAAGCAACUGUAUUUUCUAUAGUACUACACUGCUACUAUUACUAAUACUAUAUAAAACUAAUGACUUUUGUCUGUUACUCUUUUGUAAUGAGAAUGUUGAAACCAUUUAAAAUGACAAAAGUGCAAAACUUUAGUACUGUAACUCUGUAAGUGUAAGUAAUCAAUCACAUAGGACCUGGACAUCCAUCAAAUAUCAAUCAGUGUAUUAAUUAUCCAUCCAUGAAAGGAAACUUCGAGGGCUGGUGAGAAACUCUAUCCAAAUCAAAUCAAAUCAAUUUAUUCUGCCACAAGUUAGAUAUUUACAAAUUUAAUAAGUGAAUAGGAGAAGGCAAGGAAGCCCAAAAGAAACCAAAAGGCUUAUAAAAUUGGGCUCCUUUAUACUACAAACUUGCUCUGAUAGAUAUGGAGACGGUACGGUGGAAACAAUAAUUAUACUGAUAUCAAUAUACUGAUAUCAAAAUACAGUAAUUACAGUAAUAAUAAUAUAUCAUUACAGAUGAAUAAUAAAAGCAAUAAAAUAAAAAAUAUUAAAUUGUCAAAUAAAGAAGAAAAAUAAUGAAUGUUAAGGCAAUUACGAGGAAAACAAGUAUUUUUUUAAUUUAGACUGAAAUAAAGAAACACUUGACGCAUUGCGAAUAUCGCAACUUAAUGUAUUAAAAAAUUUCGGGGCUUGGUAACUAACUGAGAAUUUUCUAAUGUUUGUUCUGCAAAAGGGGAUGUGAUACAAGUUAGACUGACGUGUAUUAUAGUUAUGAACUUGACUCGUACGAAGAAAGAGGUUAUCAAAACUUUUGGGUAGUAAAUUAUUUCGAUAUAAAUACAUAAAUUUCCCUAGCUGAUACAAAUAGAUAUUUUCGAAUUUCAAUAUCUUAACUUCAGCAAAAAUCGGGUCAGUGUGUGCAUUAAAUGUUUCUUUAUUAAUAAUUCUAACAAUGCGCUUUUGAAGCAAGAUAAUCAUUAUGCAUGCGUUUUAAAUUUGUUGCGUAGGCAGAACCCCAAACAAUUAAACAAUACUGUAAAUAAGGAUAAACUAGAGAAUAAUACAAUUUAAAUAAGGAAGACUUUGAAAGGGAAAAACUGGCUUUGUAUAUGAUACCUAUAGAUUUUGAUAUUUUCCUAGCAACUUGAGAAAUAUGAGGUUUCCAAGAAAAAGGUUCAUCCAAAAUAACACCAAGAAAAGCAAUUUCUUUUACUCUAUCAAUUGUAUGACCGUUUAAUGUUAUAGAUAAAUCAUUUACUAAUCCUUUUUGUCUAGGUUUAAAGAUCAUAUAAUUAGAUUUCUUUAUAUUAAUUGACAGCUUAUUAGCCUUAAACCACUCAGACAACUUUUCAAUUUCACCGUUGAUAAUAUUUCCCAAUGAAAAAAAGUCCUUAUGGGAGCAGAAUAAAUUAGUGUCAUCAGCGAAUAAAAUCAACUCGAAUAUAUCAGAAACAUUGCCUAAAUCAUUAAUAUAUAGAAGAAACAGAGUGGCCCAAGGAUAGAACCCUGGGGCACCCCACAUUUUAUAAUUUUGUAAGUGGAAGAAGUUCAUUGUAUUGGACAUAUUGUAGGCGGUUGAAAAAGUAACUUUUUAUCCAAUCAAGAGCCAAUCCUCUGAUGCCAUAAUGUUGGAGUUUAUCAAUAAAAUAUCAUGAUUUACGGUAGUGGUCACCCGACUUGAAUAAUGGAAUAACACGAGCAAUUUUCAUAAGAUCAGGAACAAUGCCAGAUGAAAUAGAAAGAUUAAUAAUAUGAGCAAUAGGUUCUGAAAUUACACUAACAGAAUUUUUUAAGGCCGAUAUCGGAAUGUUAUCAUAGCCAGCCGCGGUUCCAGAUCGCAAUGAAUUAAUUAUUUCCACUAUUUCUUCUUCAGUUGUUAAUUCCAGGGACAUUGAAUUAACAUAAUUACCAGAUAAAUAACUUUUGACACACACAACUUUUGACACUGUAUAUUGAAAAUGAUCCCUUAUGUUUGUUGUUCGGACAAAGUGCCAAGCUUUUUUCUUUGCUUUAUCCAACCAGUACUGGUCCAUUGCAUGUCGAACUAUGGGGUCACAAUGGGCAAUAGUUGGACCAUUCACUGCGAUUUCCAUUUCAGCUUCACCAGUAUCUUCUUUAACGGUUCUCGAUUUAUUAAAAUGAAAUUCAUAGACACUAAUGAGGGACUCGAUCACCGAUUCAACAGACACUUUCACUGAUGCACACCAGAUAACUUGUACAAAGUAUCUCAAUUUCUUUAUAUGUUUCCAGAACGUUCAGUAAUCAGGACCUUUAUGAUGUCCUUUGAAUUGAUGUUCUUUGUAUCAAUAUUCAUGGGGACAAGUGAUUCGAUACGAGCAACUAACUAAAUCAUGGAAUUGAGCAUAAAGAACAUUAUCCGGCACAUUGGCUAGGGAUCUGACAGGCAGUUCACGAAUGGAUUUGACAUACUAAUCAGCCUUUGUUACAACAGUUUUUAUUGGACCAUCAUGUUUCACUGUGGAUUUGACAUACUAAUCAGCCUUUGUUACAACAGUUUUUAUUGGACCAUCAUGUUUCACUGUGUACAGAAUUGAUUUGAGGUCGGUUAUUGUCUUUGUGUGUGAAAUAACCUUAACAUCAUCUUCACCAAAUACGUUUUCUUCCAGUUCUUUGGAUAUUUUUUCUGUAAACACUUUCAAUUCAUGUGUUGCUCUUUCAACAAAAUUUUCGUGACGAAGUCGUCUCUUUUCUGGAUACGGAUCUUGUGAUAUUUGCCCCAACACCUGCACGUUCCUCACGAUCAUCUGGAACCACUAAAGAACAGAUCUUUUUUUCCUCUUUCAAUGUCUUCACAGCAGCAUGAAAAUCUGGCCAAUAGCAAACCUUUUUGUUAUCUUUGAGUGGGCACAAGUUGCAAUCUUCCACACAAUCUGCCAUCUUACUUAACUUUGCAUUAGCUGCCUGAAACUCUUCUAGCCUUUCAUAUGGAAGCAGAUUAACUUCUUGCACUUUGUUUACAAGAAUGUCAUAUUGGUUGUAAAUGUUGGCCAAUCCUGUGAGGCGAAGGAGGAACCUGGUGUUGAGAAUGCUGGAUGAUAGAGCUGCAUCAUCUGAAGCGUCCAUUUGUGUAUUUUGGAGACAACUGACAACUGGUUCUAAAUCUUUAAUGUUGAUGAACACCAAUCUUUUAGAGUUAGCAAAUCUUAAACGUUUCACACUACUCGACAAGUUUUUUCAUAAUUCUGCCCCCAGUUGAAUAGAUUGUAAACACUGAUACAAACAUCUAAGACCCACUUAAAAUUGUCCUCUUUCAUUAGCCACGAAUCAACAAGACCAGUCCUAUGCAGUAGUGCAUCCCAAGACCGUCGGCAAGGCCAUACAGUCUCUCAAAAGCUUCGGGAAGUACUGGCCAUCUGUUGAUCCUCCUUCUAACUGCUCUCCAACUGUGUUGUCAGCUAUAUCAACUCCAUGAUGGCCUUUAACAAUGGGAUGCCCAAGUAGUGCCACUUCUUGCGAUUUUCUCAUCAGGUACUACCAUAGCUACACCAAUAAUUUGUUUUGUGCGGUGCUUUGAUGUAGCUUUAUCUGCUAAGACAUUGAGGGCAGGUCUAUGCCCUGUCUGGGGGAGCCUUGUGGAGAGAAAUUUGUUGAGCCGGCUUUUCACAUUCAUUGCAACAAAUGGAAGGAAGCCUCUGGCGAAUUGUACAGAAUGAUUAAUUUCACCAAGGUCAACACUGACUGUAAAAACAUCAUCUGCUCAAAAUUAGCAAAAGGUCUACCGUGUUUGUAGAGUAAAUAGCAUGUUCCCCCAAUUGCCAUCUCAGCAUUGUCGUUCCUGUUGGAAAGCUUUAGUUCUUUGUAUUUUUGUCUCAAUAUUAGAAAGACAAUCUUUAUGUUCUUCUCUGUCAAUAUGUCUUUUAAAGCUAGUCUUUACAUUGCGGUAUUUUCUUGGAAGUUGCAUAUCUUCUUCGAACUCUAGGCCAAGUACUUUUUCAUACUUAAAAACUCCUGCCUGCAACUCUGAAUCACUCUUGGGAUCAAAACACGUAGAACAAAAAAAGAACUUACCCUCGUUGUUGUAUUCCAAACCAAGUGUUUUUAAGUCAGACACAGAUCUUGCCUUAUUUAACGAAACCACGAAUGAAUCGCUUUCAGAAGUGUCAAUGUCCGCAGUCGACGUUUCAGGCCUUUCGGCAACUGUUGGUUUCUUCUCUUUGUUAUGUCCUCUCAGUUCGUGCAUCUGCUUUUUUAUGUCAGUUACCACAUCCCAAAUUUUAUCAAGUUUCAUUUGGGAUCAUAUCUAAUUUAUCCCCAAUUUGUAUUCCGUUGUUGUAUCUAAAACCUCUUCGACCAGAAUAGCUCUGUGUCUGGCAUGUACCCCCUCCGCGCCUUCUUUUUAUUGCUGCAAUCGUCGUCAAAAGCUCCUAUAGGGUGGAGCUGGUACUUUCAACUUCAGUCUCAAUUGACCUAUCGGACCGUAAGGUCCCACGUGCGAAUAAACUGGAAAUAGUAGUUUGGUUUGCAGUACGUAAGUCAUUAUAAUCUUCGUCUGGAUGUUUCAGUCUCAAAUGUUCUUUGUAGUUAUUCCUAAGGAGGAGUAGCCGACAGGCUCUGCCGGAAACUUUCAAUGUUUUACUCAAAAAGCUGGCCAUCUCCUAUAAUCCUAUUCUCCUCAUUCUCCUGUAUGUUUGCUGCAUACUUUUGUUUUAGUGCAACUGUCAAACAAGUUGUAAACAAGGACAUGCAUUCUUUUUGUCCUUACGCAGUGAAGUACUUCUUGUAAACUUAUUGUUCAUAUCUUUAAAAUUUAAAAAUAUAUUAUAUUAAUUUGUUUUUAAACUUUUACCUUAACUUUGUUCCUAAUUCUAGUAAACCUAUAUUUUUCUUAAUAUUGAGGUAGUAUAUAUGACUUAUUAAGGUAGUAUAUACGACUCUGUUAGUGUUAUUGAAUUACAACCAAAAUUCAUAUUUAUAAAAAAAAUUGGCAGGAAAUUUUUGGUCUGGGAAGCCUGCUGCCCGGAAGAAAAAUAUUUUAUCAGGGCUUGCAAUUCAUUUUGUUUAAAUAUUUCACUAGCUUUGGAAGAAGCUUCAGAAAUGCAAUGAAGAACUAAAGAAAUUCAGUCAUGUUAACAAGAAAGCCUUGGAUCAAUUUGUUAACUUUUCUGAACAGAAAGAAAAGCUUAUGAAACGAAAGGAUGAGGUGGAUAAGGGAUAUGCGGUAAGACAUGUACUUAGCAGGUCACUAAUGUCCAGGAUUUGCAGGUUUGCCACACGCUUAGUUACGUAAUACUCAUUCAUCACCAGAGCCUACUGAAUAUAAAACACUUAUUGAGAACCUAAUACUAUAAGUAUAGGUAAUCACACGGGAAGGAGUGCAAUUAAUGAUUAACACCACGAGUGAUUUUUGAAAAAUGGGCCAAAAUUGCACGAGCGCCGAGGCGAGUUAUUUAUUAUAUGCAUGACAAAAUCGCUUUCUUUAAAAUUCAACUGCAUUUUGCCAAGAGUUUUCAACUCUUUUGUAAGCAAUUUGGCACAAGCAAACUUGAGAAAUGAUCAAAAGCUCAUAAAAGCAACAUAACUUAAACUAGAACGCAUGAUUCAAAUUCAAACAACAUAUUUUGGACUUUGGAGUAAAAGAAAAUCUUUAUAAAUUGUAUUACAGACUUACAUAGUCACGUUUCACUGCAUCCCGCCGAGAUUAUUUCUUAAAAUCUACUUCCAGGUAUUUUCCACACGCUCUUUUUGCCAUACUAUGUUUUUUAAACUCAUUAUGGUGCCAAAAUGUAGUUAAAUUCGUCCACGUUUGUAAGACAAAUUUCGCCGCCAUAUUGGAUUUUUGUUGUUUUGAUUUCCCGCUCCCCCCAGCCAUCACAAUUGCACUCCUCUUAACCAAUCAGAUUGCAGUAAUUUUGUCAUUUAUAUAAUAAUGACCUUUAUAUAACACUUUAUAUAAUGACCUUGGAAUUAAAAUUUCCAUUUUCUUUUUUUGUACUAUAUUCAACUCUUGGGUUUAAUUAAAUUCAAUCAUCAAAAUCCUAUUCGCAUCGUAAUCGUAGCUCAUUUAACUAUAAUUUUCAUACUGAGACCCAUGGAAUUAAAUUCAAAUAACGUAACUUGUGCGAAGCAAAAUGGCGGGUAUAAAAAUACAAUAUUGUUACAAUUGUUACGAUAAAUUACCGCCAUUAUCAUAUUAAUUCUUUACUAAAACGUUUAUUGGCGCUUUUUGUUGGAUUUUAAUUAUAUUUGAACAUGGCAAAAUUGAUCUAUUUUCAGGAUUUUGGUGUUAUAUAAAACAAAUAAGGAAUGUUUUCAUUUAUGCAUUGGCAAAACAUAUUUUUAUUCGGUGAAAGAGGAAUUUUCCAUUCCACUCGGCUGUCGCCUCGUCGUGAAAGGAAAAUUAAAUCUUUCGCCUCGUGAAAAUAUCUUACUAUUGCACUCAUAAACAUUCAUUAUUUGUAUAAUUAAUAGGAAUAACCCACAUUCAAGAACAUCCACUACACUUAACUUAGGCUAACGUUUUUGAAACCUUUCUGUUCCUUUGUUUAGGCAAUUACGGAGUUAAUGGAAGUGUUAGAACACCGCAAACACGAAGCCAUUUUAUUCACAUUCAAACAGGUAAAGAGCAAAGUAGUUGCAAAUUCAGGACUUUGAAAUUUGGCUAGAGCAAAGUAGUUACAAAUUCAGGACUUUGAAGUUUGGCUAGAGUAUUUCUUGUAUAUUAUUUUUUAUCAUUUUUGUAAUAAGGUGUCGUACAAUUUUACGGCUGUAUUUAAAGAAUUGGUUCCACAUGGUAAAGCGAAUCUGGUCAUGAAGACUGAAGGUCCAUCUAAUCCUGUAAGUUUAUUUAGUAUACCCUGCCACUGGUAAGGACAGUUUCAGAAGCGAGGAAAAUUCUUUCAAAAGUUUGUUGUCUAGCGAAAAUUUGAAAAGAAAAAUGCUUUUCUGAAUGGAAAGACUUCGAUGUUUGGGAUUCAAACCUGGUUUUCCGAUUAGUUGAUUCUGAUAAUCUGAUUGUUUUAUAUUUAUCUGCGGCAAUAAUUACCCAAAUUAUCGCACCCUGAUUAUGAAUGCAUUCAACUCAGAAAUCAUGACUUUUGCAUGGUUAUUUUUGAAUACAGGAUGAUGACAGCAACAGUCAGCAAUCCAGCAGCCAACAGUCAAAGGUACGUCAACAGUAUCGUUUGUGUGGCCCACUUGGCAUGCAGUAUGAAGAAGUAAACAAAUUCUCAAUUUUUUAUUUAAAAUUUUGUUGAAAAUGCCAAUGACACGAUAAAUUUAUUUGAAACAAUGAAAACUAAAAUUGUGGUUUUUCUACUGCUCCUUGUUUUACUAAUAGCCGAUUUUUCGCAGCUUCUAGUGAUAGGUCUAAAAAUGUAUAAAAAUUACUAAGAAAAAUUACUAGAAAUUUCCACCCACUGUCCUACAAAAACCCUUUAGUACUUCUCUCCGGUUCUAGACGAGACAUUUUGUCAUAUAUGGUGUAUUGUUCAUAGGACGAUGGAGGUGAAAGCAGUCAAAGUCAGUCGUCUAGUAGUCAAAGUCAAUCGAAACUUCCAACUGAUAAAUUUUCUGGCGUGUCAAUCAAGGUAUUUUAAGAAAUUGAAAAGGGUAUAUCUAUAGUCUAUUGCAUUUUAGUUCACGGCAAUGCUGAUACUAAUUCAUCAACUGAGAAAAUACCUUAAUACCUGACGACAUGCACUUAUCAUACGAUAGCAGGUUGGCCUCGACAGAGGAUGAGAAAAUCCGGUAUCCAGUGGAUAGCGCUAUCCGUCCUUCGUACGUCCUUGGUACGUACCACAGGCGCAGUUGAGUGAAUAAACACAAGAAUGGAUUCUCAGUCGACCCUAAGCUAUACCUUUGCGAUAGUACAGGUUAUUUUGGACAAUAUCGAUUUUAGGUAUAGGCUGCAUCUAAUCCAAUGUACUAUAUUACUCCAGGUAUCGUUUACUGGGAAAUCAGCAGAAACACGGGAAAUGAAUCAACUGUCUGGUGGGCAGAAAUCCUUGGUUGCACUCGCAUUGAUCUUCGCUAUACAACGUUGUGAUCCUGCUCCGUUUUAUUUAUUUGAUGAGAUUGAUCAGGCUUUAGAUCCUCAGUACAGAACUUCAGUGGCAGGUGAGUUUAUAGCUUAAUCUAUAACCUACCAUGCUUUCAUGGUCGAAAAAUAAUUGUCACAACUUUGUUACAUAGUUAUUCACCUAUUAUUGCCCCCCUCCCCCUAAUGUCCGCCACUGUCUUACGAUGAAAAUAGAGAGUUUGGCAAAUACAACGGCAUCGGCAACGAGAACGUGGUCAUCAACAAUAGCAUCUUUACUCUAAGAUGAAGGCGAAUAUAUAAUUUGCAUUCCUUAAGCAUUCUAUAGUACGCCGUAUAGUUGUUCAAACUGCUACGUUAUUUACAUCAUUUUUACGGCUCAUGACCACGCCAACAGAGUAAAACGUUCACGUCGUUUGGGGUGUUUUAUGUGAAUUCACUUACUAUUGCUACUUCAGGGAAUUUCAGGGUUGUUUAAAAGAAAGGUAAAUGCUUUUAAAAGUUUAGUAAUGCAUGUUUUAUGUAUGCUCAAAUACAAAAGUACUAGAAAAUACAUGCAUGCAGAAACCCCUCGCCUUGCUGACAAAACCAUUCUAUUUUCCGAACAUGAAGUAUUUAAAGUAGUUGUCAUGGUAACACGAUAAUUUUGUUAAGAAUAUUUUUACAAAUGAAAAAUCCCUUUUUAUUACAAAAUUAUCAAUUUCCCAAACAUAUAUAUGUUAGGUAUAUGUUAUUAUACGUAAUAUAAGCUUCAAUUUAAGGUAAAAUGCAACCACAAACGCUUCAAAUUAUCGCAUUCAAAUAACUUUGCUUUCUUUUUUACUUAAAGUGGAAGUCAAGUCCGUUUUGCGCAUCGCUUCUGCUCAUAACAAUGUGAGGACCUCUGAUGUAAACAUUGCCCAAAUUUCGAAUUUUUCUGAACAUAAACUCUAUUUCAUAUUGAUUUUAGAAGCAUAGCGGACCAAAAUGGUGUUAGAUAUUCAGACAGUACAUCAUAUUUUAAAAAAAUACAGCAGUUCAAAAUGUAAACAAACCGUUUGUUUACAUACGGACUUGACUUCCACUUUAAAAAUUUUAAUAUAAUAAAAAAGGUUAAUCAAUAAAGAUACCCUGAAAUCAUAUGCUGUCUUUUUUCAUUUAAAGUAAACGCAACGAUCAGCUUUUAUAAAAUAACAUGUAUAUAACGCGUGCUCUGAUUGGUCGAAACCCGUGUUUGGAUCAGGCCAUCCAAACACGGAAAUUUAAAGUACCUUUGCGAGAAUUUUAAAUAUGUCUGACUCUGAAGACGAAUUUUUUGCCAAAAUUGAUUUGGAGGGCAUUUGUGCAACCGCAGAAAAGGGUGAAACGCGUAAAAGGUUUGCUGAAGUAACCCAGGAGAAUAUUGACGAGCUGUUAAGCGAUGUACAGUCAAAAAAUACGAAGUAUAAAACAACAUACGCUGUCAAUGUUUUUAAAGGUAUAGUGAUUGUUUAGAUUUAUAAAUAAUAUAAACAUUCGCAUUUAGACCGCAAGUGUUGAAAUUCAGUAGUCUACACUAUUUCGCUGUCAUUCCUAUAAUUUCUAUUUGCUUACAUGUAUUUAUAGAAUGGUCGAAACAGCGAAACAUCCAACAAGAAUUGCACGAAAUGGACAACAAAACUGUUGAUAAAUGUCUUUGUCAAUUUUACGCCGAAGUAAAAAACCAGCAAGGUGAAGACUACAGUAAAUCAACUUUAAUUGGUUUAAAACACGGAGUAGAGCGAUACCUGAACUGUCCACCGUACAACAGAGGUUUGAGCAUGUCGUCCAACCCAGCAUUUAAAAUGUCAAACUCCGUGCUGAACGCCAAGAUAGUAUCCUUGAAGAAACAGGGAAAGGAGAAUGUUGUACACAAGUCCGUCUUGGAAGCUGAAGACCUCACAAAGCUAAAAAAUAGCGACGUAUUGAAUGUGUCCACUCCACUUGGUCUUCUUAGAAACGUAUGGUUUCAUGUGUCUUUGUUUUGGUGUCGCAGAGGACGAGAAGGACAACGAAAGCUGACGAAGGAUAGCUUUGUUUUUACCGGCUGA